AAAGAAAGUCACAACAAACUCAUUUCAAGGUUUGAACAGAGAAACAUUUAAACAACAUCUUUCUUUUAUUCACUGAUCUAAAAUAAACUGAAGGAAGAGCUUUGAAGAAGAGAUGGAUUCGGUGGGAUUGAAUCUGAUAAAAACAGCAGCUCUUGGGAGAUCCUUUGAGUUGGGCAUGCUGUAUGACUGCAGAAAAGAUGCUUUAAUACCAGGGAUUAGACUUUGGAAUAAUGAAGACCUGGAGAAGAAUUUUUCCUCUCGUAACCAAAUUAACACAAGUUUUGAUAUCACAGCUUCAGACUCCAUUAAGGACAAAUCUAAUUUACUAAAUGUUGGUGGUGAAUUGAAACUGAGUCUUUUAAGUGGACUUAUCAGUGUUAGUGGAGCAGCAAAGUAUCUCAAUGACACCAAGACAUCGUUCAAACAGGAGAGACUGACUCUACUCUAUCAUUCAAGCAGCAGGUUUGAGGAAUUGAUCAUUAACCAACUGCCCAGCAUACAAAAUAUUCCUGAUGAUGAAAAUGAUAUAGCCACACAUGUAGUGAUAGGAAUACUGUAUGGAGCAGAUGCCUGUUUCAUUUUUGACAGAAAAAUUUCAGUAGAUGAGGACAAAACCACAGUAGACGGAGAAUUAAAAGUGGCCCUUGAGAAACUAAAGGGUGCCAUUUCAGUAGAUGGAAAUGUCAAUCUGAACAUGAAUGACAAUCAGAAAAAAGCAUUCAACAAGUUCACAUGUAAAUUCUAUGGUGACUUCCAGCUACAAUCUAACCCGACCUCUUUUGAAGAUGCGAUGAAGGUUUUCGCUGAUCUUCCAAAGCUGCUGGGAGAAAAUAAAGAUCUGGCGGUUCCUCUGAGAGUCUGGCUUUAUCCUCUGGACAAACUUCACUCAAGAGCUUCAAAACUUCAUAAAGACAUCAGCAUGGAUCUAAUCAUGAGGAUUGAAUUAGUGGUUGAGAGUUUAAACACAGCUGAGAUGAAAUGCAGUGACUUUCUGGAAGACUCUCCCGCUCAGACAUUUGCUGCAUUUCAUGAUAAAAUUCUGCAAAUGAAGAACAACUGUGAGACAUACAAGUUGAGACUCAUUAAGGAACUCGGCUCUCUGCUGCCAAACAUUCGUGGAGACAUGAUGAAGGUAACUGCACUGAAUGAACUUCUACAAGAAAAUGAUAAAUCUCCAUUCAGAGGAAGUGAUCUUGCAGAAUGGCUGAAAGAGAGAGAAAGAGAGUCUGAGAUCAUUAAAUCAGUCCUUGGACGUCUGAAGGCUUAUGGUGCACAGAUACAAGACAACAUAGAUGCCAUCUGGAUGGGCCUGGAAGUUGGAAACCUGGUGUGUUACACGUUCACAUCAUUGGACUGCUUAGAUGUGCUUCUUUCUCAACAAGCUUACUAUCUGAGUCCUUCGACAAUAGAAGAAAGUGAUCAGAAGAUCCCUGAUUCAAAGCAAAAGUCUUGGCUAACUUCUGAGAUCAAAAAGAGCAUGAAGAGAAACUUGAAGGUAUUUAAGAACUUGAUUGAUUUAAAAGACUGUAAAACAGCCAAGUUCAUUGUGUCUUCAAAGGAAAUGAAGAACCAUCCUGGUUCCUCUAUUCUCGUGUACGGAAGUGAAUGUGAUGAAGCUGUUUGCUUUACUCCUCCAUCCAAACCAGCCUGUCCAAUCACUGAGGAGGUCAAAGGUCAGAAGGUGGUUCUGACGGUGGUUCCUCCAUCAUGGACGAGUGGAUGAGAGAGAA